AUGAGUGACAACAACACUCAAAGUGUAGCAAUUAAGCAGGAGGCUAGCGCUGUCUGGGAUGCCGAGAGCAUUAACAUAUUUUGUGAUGAGUGUAUUCGAGAGGUCGAACCAGGGCAUCGUCAUGGUACUCAUUUUUCAAAAAUAGGAUGGGAGAAUGUGGUUAACAAAUUUAACAACGCAUCCGGAAAAACUUACACCAGGGUUCAGCUGAAGAAUAAAUGGGAUAGUCUUAAAGUUGAUUGGAAUUUAUGGAGACGAUUGAUUGGGAAGGAAACUGGCCUUGGAUGGGAUUAUGGAAAAAAGACUGUUGCUGCAGAUAAAGAAUGGUGGGAGAAAAAAAAUAAAGUAGUUGUUUCCGGCUGCCAAGAAGUUUAUGAAAAAGGCAUUGAGCCUACUAUGCUUGAAAAGUUCAAUAGGAUGUUCUUAAAAGUGACUGCUAGUGGUGGAGCUGAAUAUGGAGGUCCAUUAGUAGGUAAUAUUUCAUAUCAAGGUCGAGCCGAUGAAGCAACUGAUCAUGUUGAAGAGGUUGGAAGUAGUGAUGAUGAGUCAGAGGAAGAUAAUUCUGUCCCAAAUUCUGUAGACAGGGAAACCAAAACAAACAAGAGAAAGAUUGAUGACCUAUCUGGUUCACAAGAAAGGAAGGAUAAGAAAGGUAAACAAGUGGGCUGGGUAAAGUGGGAGGAGCUGCGAAGCUCUCACUCCAAUUUGACCAUUUACUGGAUGUAG